AUGAUUGGCGCGCAGGAGCAGCGGCGCCUCUCCCUCACAGCCCCCCAGAGCAGCGGCGCCUCCUCCUCACAGCCCCCCAGAGCAUGGGCGCCUCCUCCUCACAGCCCCCCAGAGCAUCGGCGCCUCCUCCUCACAGCCCCCCAGAGCAGCGGCGCCUCCUCCUCACAGCCCCCAGAGCAGCGGCGCCUCCUCCUCACAGCCCCCCAGAGCAGCGGCGCCUCCUUCUCACAGCCCCCCAGAGCAGCGGCGCCUCCUCCUCACAGCCCCCCAGAGCAGCGGCGCCACCUCCUCACAGCCCCCCAUAGCAUGGGCGCCUCCUCCGCACAGCCCCCCAGAGCAGCGGCGCCUCCUCCUCACAGCCCCCCCAGAGCAUGGGCGCCUCCUCCUCACAGCCCCCCAGAGCAGCGGCGCCUCCUCCUCACAGCCCCCCCAGAGCAUGGGCGCCUCCUCCUCACAGCCCCCCAGAGCAUGGGCGCCUCCUCCUCACAGCCCCCAGAGCAGCGGCGCCUCCUCCUCACAGCCCCCCAGAGCAGCUGCGCCUCCUCCUCACAGGCCCCCAGAGCAUGGGCGCCUCCUCCUCACAGCCCCCCAGAGCAUGGGCGCCUCCUCCUCACAGCCCCCCAGAGCAUGGGCGCCUCCUCCUCACAGCCCCCCAGAGCAUGGGCGCCUCCUCCUCACAGCCCCCCAGAGCAGCGGCGCCUCCUCCUCACAGCCCCCCAGAGCAUGGGCGCCUCCUCUUCACAGCCCCCCAGAGCAUGGGCGCCUCCUCCUCACUGCCCCCCAGAGCAUGGGCGCCUCCUCCUCACAGCCCCCCAGAGCAGUGGCGCCUCCUCCUCACAGCCCCCCAGAGCAGCGGCGCCUCCUCCUCACAGCCCCCCAGAGCAUGGGCGCCUCCUCCUCACUGCCCCCAGAGCAGCGGCGCCUCCUCCUCACAGCCCCCCAGAGCAGUGGCACCUCCACCACACAGCCCCUCAGAGCACUGGCGCCUCCUCCUCACAGCCCCCCAGAGCAUGGGCGCCUCCUCCUCACAGCCCCCCAGAGCAGCGGCGCCUCCUCCUCACAGCCCCCAGAGCAGCGGUGCCUCCUCCUCACAGCCCCCCAGAGCAGCGGCGCCUCCUCCUCACAGCCCCCCAGAGCAGCGGCGCCUCCUCCUCACAGCCCCCCAGAGCAGCGGCGCCUCCUCCUCACAGCUCCCCAAAGCAUGGGCGCCUCCUCCUCACAGCCCCCCAGAGCAUGGGCGCCUCCUCCUCACAGCCCCCCAGACCAUGGGCGCCUCCUCCUCACAGCCCCCCAGAGCAGCGGCGCCUCCUCCUCACAGCCCCCAGAGCAUGGGCGCCUCCUCCUCACAGCCCCCCAGAGCAGCGGCGCCUCCUCCUCACAGCCCCCCAGAGCAACGGCGCCUCCUCCUCACAGCCCCCCAGAGCAGCGGCGCCUCCUCCUCACAGCCCCCCAGAGCAGCGGCGCCUCCUCCUCACAGCCCCCCAGAGCAUGGGCGCCUCCUCCUCACAGCCCCCCAGAGCAUGGGCGCCUCCUCCUCACAGCCCCCCAGAGCAGCGGCGCCUCCUCCUCAUAGCCCCCCAGAGCAUGGGCGCCUCCUCCUCACAGCCCCCCAGAGCAUGGGCGCCUCCUCCUCACAGCCCCCCAGAGCAGCGGCGCCUCCUCCUCACAACCCCCCAGAGCAUGGGCGCCUCCUCCUCACAGCCCCCCAGAGCAGCGGCGCCUCCUCCUCACAGCCCCCCAGAGCAACGGCGCCUCCUCCUCACAGCCCCCCAGAGCAGCGGCGCCUCCUCCUCACAGCCCCCCCAGAGCAUGGGCGCCUCCUCCUCACAGCCCCCAAGAGCAGCGGCGCCUCCUCCUCACAGCCCUCCCAGAGCAUGGGCGCCUCCUCCUCACAGCCCCCCAGAGCAUGGGCGCCUCCUCCUCACAGCCCCCCAGAGCAUGGGCGCCUCCUCCUCACAGCCCCCCAGAGCAUGGGCGCCUCCUCCUCACAGCCCCCCAGAGCAGCGGCGCCUCCUCCUCACAGCCCCCCAGAGCAUGGCGCCUCCUCCUCACAGCCCCCCAGAGCAUGGGCGCCUCCUCCUCACAGCCCUCCAGAGCAGCGGCGCCUCCUCCUCACAGCCCCCCAGAGCAGCGGCGCCUCCUCCUCACAGCCCCCCAGAGCAGCGGCGCCUCCUCCUCACAGGCCCCCCAGAGCAGCGGGCGCCUCCUCCCUCACAGGCCCCCCAGAGCAGCGGCGCCUCCUCCUCACAGGCCCCCCAGAGCAGCGGUGCCUCCUCCUCACAGCCCCCCAGAGCAGCGGCGCCUCCUCAUCACAGCCCCCAGAGCAUGGGCGCCUCCUCCUCACAGCCCCCCCAGAGCAGCGGCGCCUCCCCCUCACAGCCCCCCAGAGCAGCGGCGCCUCCUCCUCACAGUCCCCCAGAGCAUGGGCGCCUCCUCCUCACAGCCCCCCCAGAGCAGCGGCGCCUCCUCCUCACAGCCCCCCAGAGCAUGGGCGCCUCCUCCUCACAGCCCCCCCAGCCCCCAGAGCAUGGGCGCCUCUCCUCACAGCCCCCCAGAGCAUGGGCGCCUCCUCCUCACAGCCCCCCAGAGCAGCUGCGCCUCCUCCCUCACAGCCCCCCAGGGCAGCGGCGCCUCCUCCUCACAGCCCCCCCAGAGCAGCGGCGCCUCUCCCUCACAGCUCCCCCAGAGAUGGGCGCCCUCCUCCUCACAGCCCCCCCAGAGCAGCGGGCCUCCUCCUCACAGCCCCCCAGAGCAGCGGCGCCUCCUCCUCACAGCCCCCCCAGAGCAGCGGCGCCUCCUCCUCACAGCCCCGCAGAGCAUGGGCGCCUCCUCCUCACAGCCCCCAGAGCAGCGGUGCCUCCUCCUCACAGCCCCCCAGGGCAGCGGCGCCUCCCUCCUCACAGCCCCCCAGAAGCAGCGGCGCCUCUCCCCUCACAGCCUCCCCAGAGCAUGGGCGCCUCCUCCUCACAGCCCCCCAGAGCAGCGGCGCCUCCUCCUCACAGCCCCCCAGAGCAGCGGCGCCUCCUCCUCACAGCCCCCCAGAGCAGCGGCGCCUCCUCCUCACAGCCCCGCAGAGCAUGGGCGCCUCCUCCUCACAGCCCCCCAGAGCAGCGGUGCCUCCUCCUCACAGCCCCCCAGAGCAUGGGCGCCUCCUCCUCACUGCCCCCAGAGCAGCGGCGCCUCCUCCUCACAGCCCCCCAGAGCAGCGGCGCAUCCUCCUCACAGCACCCCAGAGCAGCGGCGCCUCCUCCUCACAGCCCCCCAGAGCAGCGGCGCCUCCUCCUCACAACCCCCAGAGCAUGGGCGCCUCCUCCUCACAGCCCCCCAGAGCAUAGGCCCCUCCUCCUCACAGCCCCCCAGAGCAUGGGCGCCUCCUCCUCACAGCCCCCCAGAGCAGCGGAGCCUCCUCCUAACAGCCCACCAGAGCAUGGGCGCCUCCUCCUCACAGCCCCCCAGAGCAGCGGCGCCUCCUCCUCACAGGCCCCCAGAGCAGCGGCGCCUCCUCCUCACAGGCCCCCAGAGCAGCGGCGCCUCCUCCUCACAGUCCCCAGAGCAGCGGCGCCUCCUCCUCACAGCCCCCCAGAGCAUGGGCGGCCUCCACCUCACAGCCCCCCAGAGCAUGGGCGCCUCCUCCUCACAGCCCCCCAGAGCAUGGGCGCCCUCCUCCUCACAGCCCCCCAGAGCAGCAGCGCCUCCUCCUCACAGCCCCCGAGGAGCAUGGGCGCCUCCUCCUCAGAGCCCCCCAGAGCAUGGCCAUCUCCUCCUCACAGCCCCCCAGAGCAUGGGCGCCUCCUCCUCACAGCCCCCCAGAGCAACGGCGCCUCCUCCUCACAGCCCCCAGAGCAUGGGCGCCUCCUCCUCACAGCCGCCCAGAGCAUGGGCGUCUCCUCCUCACAGCCCCCCAGAGCAUGGGCGCCUCCUCCUCACAGCCCCCCAGAGCAGCGGCGCCUCCUCCUCACAGCCCCCCAGAGCAUGGGCGCCUCCUCCUCACAGCCCCCCAGUAGCAGCGGCGCCUCCUCCUCACAGGCCCCCAGAGCAGCGGGCCUCCUCCUCACAGCCCCCCAGAGCAGCGGCGCCUCCCCCUCACAGCCCCCCCAGAGCAGCGGCGCCUCCUCCUCACAGUCCCCCAGAGCAUGGGCGCCUCCUCCUCACAGCCCCCCAGAGCAGCGGCGCCUCCUCCUCACAGCCCCCCAGAGCAUGGGCGCCUCCUCCUCACAGCCCCCCAGAGCAUGGGCGCCUCCUCCUCACAGCCCCCCAGAGCAUGGGCGCCUCCUCCUCACAGCCCCCCAGAGCAGCUGCGCCUCCUCCUCACAGCCCCCCAGGCAGCGGCGCCUCCUCCUCACAGCCCCCCCAGAGCAGCGGCGCCUCUCCCUCACAGCUCCCCAGAGCAUGGGCGCCUCCUCCUCACAGCCCCCCAGAGCAGCGGCGCCUCCUCCUCACAGCCCCCCAGAGCAGCGGCGCCUCCUCCUCACAGCCCCCCAGAGCAGCGGCGCCUCCUCCUCACAGCCCCGCAGAGCAUGGGCGCCUCCUCCUCACAGCCCCCCAGAGCAGCGGUGCCUCCUCCUCACAGCCCCCCAGAGCAUGGGCGCCUCCUCCUCACUGCCCCCAGAGCAGCGGCGCCUCCUCCUCACAGCCCCCCAGAGCAGCGGCGCAUCCUCCUCACAGCACCCCAGAGCAGCGGCGCCUCCUCCUCACAGCCCCCAGAGCAGCGGCGCCCCUCCUCACAACCCCCCAGAGCAGGGCGCCUCCUCCUCACAACCCCCCAGAGCAUGGGCGCCUCCUCCUCACAGCCCCCCAGAGCAUAGGCCCCUCCUCCUCACAGCCCCCCAGAGCAUGGGCGCCUCCUCCUCACAGCCCACCAGAGCAGCGGAGCCUCCUCCUACAGCCCACCAGAGCAUGGGCGCCUCCUCCUCACAGCCCCCCAGAGCAGCGGCGCCUCCUCCUCACAGGCCCCCAGAGCAGCGGCGCCUCCUCCUCACAGGCCCCCAGAGCAGCGGCGCCUCCUCCUCACAGUCCCCAGAGCAGCGGCGCCUCCUCCUCACAGCCCCCCAGAGCAUGGGCGCCUCCACCUCACAGCCCCCCAGAGCAUGGGCGCCUCCUCCUCACAGCCCCCCAGAGCAUGGGCGCCUCCUCCUCACAGCCCCCCAGAGCAGCAGCGCCUCCUCCUCACAGCCCCCGAGAGCAUGGGCGCCUCCUCCUCAGAGCCCCCCAGAGCAUGGCCAUCUCCUCCUCACAGCCCCCCAGAGCAUGGGCGCCUCCUCCUCACAGCCCCCAGAGCAACGGCGCCUCCUCCUCACAGCCCCCAGAGCAUGGGCGCCUCCUCCUCACAGCCGCCCAGAGCAUGGGCGUCUCCUCCUCACAGCCCCCCAGAGCAUGGGCGCCUCCUCCUCACAGCCCCCCAGAGCAGCGGCGCCUCCUCCUCACAGCCCCCCAGAGCAUGGGCGCCUCCUCCUCACAGCCCCCCAGAGCAGCGGCGCCUCCUCCUCACAGGCCCCAGAGCAGCGGGCCUCCUCCUCACGGCCCCGAGCAGCGCCCUCCUCCUCACAGGCCCCCAGAGCAGCGGCGCCUCCUCCUCACAGUCCCCAGAGCAGCGGCGCCUCCUCCUCACAGCCCCCCAGAGCAGCGGUGCCUCCUCCUCACAGCCCCCAGAGCAGCGGCGCCUCCUCCUCACAGCACCCCAGAGCAUGGGCGCCUCCUCCUCACAGCCCCCCAGAGCAUGGGCGCCUCCUCCUCACAGCCCCCAGAGCAGCGGCGCCUCCUCCUCACAGCCCCCCAGAGCAGCGGCGCGUCCUCCUCACAGGCCCCCAGAGCAUGGGCGCCUCCUCCUCACAGCCCCCCAGAGCAUGGGCGCCUCCUCCUCACAGCCCCCCAGAGCAGCGGCGCCUCCUCCUCACAGCCCCCCAGAGCAUGGGCGCCUCCUCCUCACAGCCCCCCAUUGCAGCGGCGCCUCCUCCUCACAGGCCCCCAGAGCAGCGGGGCCUCCUCCUCACAGGCCCCCAGAGCAGCGGCGCCUCUCCUCACAGUCCCCAGAUCAGCGGCGCCUCCUCCUCACAGCCCCCCAGAGCAGGCGCCUCCUCCUCACAGUCCCCAGAGCAGCGGGGCCUCCUCCUCACAGCCGCCAGAGCAGCGGCGCCUCCUCCUCACAGCCCCCCAGAGCAUGCGGCGCCUCCUCCUCACCAGCCCCCCAGAGCAUGGGCGCCUCCUCCUCACAGCCCCAAGAGCAGCGGCGCCUCCUCCUCACAGCCCCCAGAGCAUGCGGCGCCUCCUCCUCACAGCCCCCCAGAGCAUGGGCGCCUCCUCCUCACAGCCCCCCAGAGCAUGGGCGCCUCCUCCUCACAGCCCCCCAGAGCAGCGGCGCCUCCUCCUCACAGCCCCCCAGAGCAUGGGCGCCUCCUCCUCACAGCCCCCCAGAGCAUGGGCGCCUCCUCCUCACAGCCCCCCAGAGCAUGGGCGCCUCCUCCUCACAGCCCCCAGAGCAUGGGCGCCUCCUCCUCACAGCCCCCCAGAGCAGCGGCGCCUCCUCCUCACAGCCCCCCAGAGGCAAUGCGGCGCCUCCUCCUCACAUGCCCCCAGAGCAGCGGCGCUCCUCCCUCCUCACAGCCCCCCAGAGCAGUGGCGCCUCCUCCUCACAGCCCCCCAGAGCAGUGGCGCCUCCUCCUCACAGCCCCCCAGAGCAUGGGCGCCUCCUCCUCACAGCCCCCAGAGCAUGGGCGCCUCCACCUCACAGCCCCCCAGAGCAUGGGCGCCUCCUCCUCACAGCCCCCCAGAGCAGCGGCGCCUCCUCCUCACAGCCCCCCAGAGCAUGGGCGCCUCCUCCUCACAGCCCCCCAGAGCAUGGGCGCCUCCUCCUUACAGCCGCCCCAGAGCAUGGGCGCCCUCCUCCUCACAUCCCCCCAGAGCAUGGGCGCCUCCUCCUCACAGCCCCCCAGAGCAUGGGCGCCUCCUCCUCACAGCCCCCCAGAGCAGCGGCGCCUCCUCCUCUUAGUCCCCAGAGCAGCAGCGCCUCCUCCUGACAGCCCCCCAGAGCAGCGGCGCCUCCUCCUUACAAGCCCCCAGAGCAGCGGCGCCUCCUCCUCACAGCCCCCCAGAGCAGCGGCGCCUCCUCCUCACAGCCCCCCAGAGCAUGGGCGCCUCCUCCUCACAGCCCCCAGAGCAGCGGCGCCUCCUCCUCACAGCCCCCCAGAGCAGCGGCGCCUCCUCCUCACAGCCCCCCAGAGCAUGGGCGCCUCCUCCUCACAGCCCCCUAGAGCAGCGGCGCCUCCUCCUCACAGCCCCCCAGAGCAUGGGCGCCUCCACCUCACAGCCCCCCAGAGCAUGGGCGCCUCCUCCUCACAGCCCCCCCAGAGCAUGGGCGCCUCCUCCUCACAGCCCCCCAGAGCAGCGGCGCCUCCUCCUCACAGCCCCCCAGAGCAUGGGCGCCUCCUACUCAUAGCCCCCCAGAGCAUGGGCGCCUCCUCCUCACAGCCCCCCAGAGCAUGGGCGCCUCCUACUCAUAGCCCCCCAGAGCAUGGGCGCCUCCUCCUCACAUCCCCCCAGAGCAUGGGCGCCUCCUCCUCACAGCCCCCCAGAGCAGCGGCCGCCUCCUCCUCUUA